UUUAUGGCUUCCUGUCAGUCUUCAACAAAUAAUCUGAAUUUCGUAUCCUCCCUUUUUUCUUUUAUUGUGUAGUUUUUCACAGAAAAUGUCUUCUAAAAGUGAAAAAGAUCGAGCUAAACAGAUCCAGGAUCGAUGUCAGAACAUUCUAAUCCAAAUGUUAAAAGAUGAGGACAAUAAAUACUGUGUAGAUUGUGACGCUAAGGGACCACGUUGGGCAUCAUGGAACCUAGGUAUAUUCCUGUGCAUAAGGUGUGCUGGUAUCCAUCGGAACCUGGGUGUUCAUAUAUCCAAAGUGAAGAGUGUCAACUUGGACUCAUGGACACCAGAACAAGUGGUAUCACUACAACAAAUGGGCAAUUCUCGUGCAAGAGCUGUAUACGAAGCAAAUCUGCCAGACUCUUUCAGACGGCCACAGAAUGACUCUUCACUUGAGUCAUUUAUACGGGCCAAGUACGAACAGAAGAAAUACAUUGCUAAGGAAUGGGUGCAACCACAACUUCCUAAAGUGAAUUGGGAUAAAGAGAUAGAUGAAGAACUAGAAAGGCAAAAGAGGAAAAAGAAAGCGACCACUUCUUCUCUGGGACCACUGCCGGCGCCAAGUGUUGAUAAAAAAUAUAACAAAUCUGACGUUAUCCCCAGUAUACCUAAACCCAAAUCGUCAGUCAGUCCCAAAUUGAGUAGAAAUACACCAGUUGAAAUUAAACCGAGUAAUGGUGCAGCUGAUCUGCUUGGCUUGGACACUGCCAUACCCUCAACCAAACCAGAGCAGAAGAGUACUAACGAUGAUAUUUUCUCAAGUUUCUUCUCGGCACCAGAGAAACCGGCUGAGGUACCGCAAGAACAAAAACCAGAUUUGAAAACAGAAGAAGAAAAUUUCUUUAAACAAUCUGCGCCUACUGAGAAAGAAAAGUCUAAACUUACUAAGGACAGCAUAUUAGCGUUGUACAGUCAAACACCUAUGAACCAAUUUAAUCCAGUACCUCAAAUGCAACAGAUUCCGGGACAACAAAUGCAACAAAUUCCAGGCCAACAAAUGCAACAAAUUCCAGGCCAACAAAUGCAACAAAUUCCAGGUCAACAAAUGCAACAUAUACCAAGCCAACAAAUAUCUGGCCAACUACCUGGGCCACAAAUAACAGGACAACCAGCUCCUGGUCAGUUCUAUCAGCCAUAUAUGAUGAAUGGUAUGCAAAUGAACCAAUUUCAGCCAGCUAGCCAAUUUCAGUAUCAAAUGCCACCGCAGCCACAGUUCCAGACACAGCCAAACUUUUUCAACCAGCCUCUUUCGCAACAGUUUGGUAAUCUUAAUUUAGGCCAAGGUUUCCCAAACGCAUUUCCUAACCCUAAUGUUGCCAGUAAUUCUACGUGGCAAUAAUAAAAAUAGUUUUUUUAAUGGCAAUACUUUCUGAACAUGGCGUUUUGGGCGAUUAAAGUAGCGUGGGAUCUCUUUAUAAAAUAUGUUUAUACAUUUAAAAAAUACAAGAUUAGUGCAUUGUUACACAUAAUAGUAAAAUCUUAAUUCUGUCUAUUCAUAUUAAGUUAAAAUAUUGCGCAAACUUAAUUUGGAGAUUCCGUUAGGUUUUAGUUCGGUCAAAUCGCACAUACGCCUCGAGACAUUUCGUUAACCAUAGACAAUAAUUUCAUUAAAUAGAUAGAAAAUGUAAUCUAGUUGCAUUCAGGCAGAUUAAAAUUAUGUCAUAAAAAUGCAGUUGCUACUUGUUCAGUAUGGGACGAGAAUGUUAAAAUGCCAAUGAUACAGACAUUCCUUUUUGUUGAGUAUAUGAUUACUAUAUUAUACUAAAUUAUUGGACUGUGACAAAUGAAAACAAAUCAUGGCUGUCAAAGCUUGUCAUCAAUUUCAAAUUAUUAUUUUUUUACCUACCGCCAUAAUGAAACAAAACAAUAUCAUCAUUCCUAAAGUACUGGUAACUGAUAUAUAAUUGGUCAUAGAAGAGGAGUAGUCUUUGACAACAAAAAUUACACAUGAUGUUUGCCCGACCCCAUAAAAACUUGCCAAGUUAUUAUAAUUUGACAUCUUUUGAAGAAAAGGGUGUGUGUGAAACUGAGUAUACUAUUAAACAUUCAUCAGGGCUUGGGCAACAUACUGUUGUUCAUAUGUAUGUCAGAAUUAGCAAACUAAAAUGCUUGUUAUAAUGGCUUCAACUAGGUAUGCAGACUUAUUCCUAAUUUGUCACUACUGUCAAAAUAUAUGAACAACCGUAUUCUGUACUGUUAGGCGUAUUUUCGGGGUGUCUAGUGUGAUGAGCAUAUGACAUUGCUGCUUAAAACGACAUUAAGUCAUGUCUUCUAGUUUAAGGUGUGUCGUAAAUUGUUUUAGUAGAGAAUUUAUUUUUUUAAAGCACAUUUUUGCUACAUCCAUUAUUUACACAAUUAUUUUUGUUUUAAAAUUAUUCUUAUAUUCGUGGUAUAGCACAUAAGUUUUCCUAGAAAAGAGAUUGUCCCCAUAAAUAUUUAUUAUGAUGAACGCAUUUUGGUGCUGUCAACAUUUUUUUUUCUAAUGUUUGUUCAUAGUAAUGUUAACAAACUGUUAGUCUUAUGAAAUAGAUGAUUUGGCAUAGCAUUAAUGUUCAUAGAUAAGAUAUUGUGAAUACUGUGAUUUUUCAUCUCAAGAUGUCAUUUCAUGCUUACUCAUAAUAUAUAUUCCAGUAUUGGUCACAUUAAAAUUACUGAUUGAAUAUUGUGUAGGUCGGCAUUACGUUGUUUCAGAAAAACUACGAUGCUAAUGGCACACUGUGACGAAGCUAUCGAAAACCUGGAAUAUUUUGAGUAUAUUUUCCACAAUAUUUUUUUUUCACUAAUCUGGUAGCAAAAACUUUAUCUUUAUUUGAGGACUAUACCUAAUUUGAAAUAUGAGGUUUUCUUAUUUUAUUUACGAUUAAAAUCUACUUUUAAAUAUCUGGUUUAUAAGCUAACAUCAAUUCUGUACUAUUAUAUUUCACAUCCUUUCAAGAGGCAAUAAACACGUUGCUUGGGAGCGAAAACUUCAAUAUUAAGUACUUAAUAAUACCUACGUGUUGUAUAUCCCCUUGUUUAUAAACGUACAAUAAACGUCUUCAAAUAUUUUGCCCUUAACUCUUACCCUCGCAUCAUUUUGCAAUCAAAUAAACUGUAUAAAACAUUAUUUAGCUUAUUGGAACUUAAAGUACGUUUAUGAAUAAGAAUGGUAACAGGAAGUUGAUGUGUGCCGUGUCUGGCGAUUUUUUUUUUGUUUUAAUAAAAAUGUUGAUAUAAUUGUAGCAAGACUGUCUGUCAUAUUGGCAUGAUUGGUCUCGGAACUUGUAUUUUUCGUUUUUAAAUAAAUGCAAUAUUGUCCUCAA